AUGGAGGCAGCGAUCGGUGCGUACGUCCGAGGGACGUACGAGGAGGUCCCACCGUCGGUCCUCGCGGACGUGAGCGAGGAGCGUGUCUCGCUCCUGGAGCUCGUCAAGGCGAUUGGGCCGCACCUCACGAGCGAGAACGAUGCGGAGCGCACGAUGGCCGUGUCGCUUCUGAGCCGCGUCGUAUCCCACCUCGCCGCGCAAGGGCCGCAUCCCCAGCUCACGAAGCAGAUCAUCCGCACGCUCACCGCGUUCUUUAGCGAGAAGCUCAGCGAUGCGUCGGCGCUCGCCGAUGCCGCGAGCCGUCUCGGGAACGACGCGACGCUCGUGCCGGCGUCGGCGCCCCGUGCGGCGACCGCCGCCGCCGAGCAGCGCACGCUCGCGCAGAGCCAGAUGCUCGUCGACUGCCUCGAUGCGCUGCUGGCGCUGAGUGGCGUCGGCUUUGCCAAGGACCAGGUCGUGGACCGCAACCACUUUGGUGGCGAAGAGGCGCGCGUCGUCAGCGACGCGCUCUUUUCCUCGCUCGAGCUGCGUGCGCAUCCCCAGACGCUGCGCUACACGGCCGUGCGGCUGCUAGACUCGCUCGUGGCACGCAACCGAGCGGGCCUCGCGGCGAUGCGCACCGUCGACGGCGAGCGCGGCCCGCCGGGGUCCGCCUUUGUCCAGGGCUACACCAAGCUUGUCGCGGGCGAAAAGGAUCCCCGUGUGCUGCUCAUCCACUUUGGCCUCGCGCGUGUGCUCCUGCUGGAGUGGGAGAUGGAAAAGGCCCAGGUCGAGGCGUUCUUCAACGUGAUCUUUUGCUACUUUCCGAUUACGUUCCGGCCGCCGCCCGACGACCCGUACCACAUCACGCCGGAAAUGCUCAAGGACGCGCUGCGUGCGUGCAUCAGCGCCUCGCCCGCGUUUGCGCCGAUGGCUAUGCCGCUGCUCCUCGAAAAGCUCAGCGCAAGCGGGGGCUCAGCCAAGGUCGACGUCCUGCACACGCUCAACAAUGCGCUGCCGGUGUACGGCCGCGCGGCGACCGAGGCGAACGCGGACGACGUAUGGGCCUUUCUCAAGCUCGAUAUCCUCCAGGCGACCGACGAUGAGUCCGCGCAGUGGGCACAGACGACGCUCACGACCAUGCUGCGCAUCCUUUACGCGGACGCAGAGCCUCAAGGCAUGGCCAACGUCGUGCUCGACGAGUGCACCAACGAGCUCAAAGAGCCGAGCAAGUCGCUCGCCAAGACCUGCAUGAAGAUCGUGCAGAGCCUCAUCGACGCGACGCCGGCGACGUCGGCAAUGGCCCUCAAGGCCGUGCUCACGCUCCUCCUCGGCAAGCUGGAGGAGGGCGACGAGGACGAGACGCAUAUCCUCGCGCUCCUCGCCGCGCUCCUCGACCUCGUGCAGCGCGUAUACACCGGCGAGAGCCAGCGCACGUACGACAGCGACGGGCGGCCGCUCGACGCGUUCCACGACACGCUCUUUUCCGCGCUCACCCGAGGCCUCGAGCGCCGUGCGGACGUCGCGGCGCUCCACGGCCUCGUGAUGCUCGUGCAGGUGCCGGGCUUUCUGCGCGCGGACGAAGUCGACUACGCCACGCGCUGCAUCCAGACCGUGCUGCUGGCGCCCGAGGCGGACGACGCACUGCGCGAGGCGGCGCUCGCGGGCCUCGACCGGAUCCUCUCUGCGAGCAAGCGCUCGAUCGAGGAACACACGCUCCCGUUCCUCCUCGAGCAGCUGCCGUACACGCUGCCCGCCGAGGCGGACCUCUUCCGCAUCCGCCUCGCUCUGGGGGCCCUCGCGCGUCUGUGCACCGCGCCGGACCUCUUUGACGCGUUCGUCGUGCGGGUGUGUGCGCUGCUUGCGUCGGCGUGCGGCGCACAACGUGCGGAUGCGCGCACCGUCGGCUACGCGUGCGCGCUGCUUGCCACGCUCCAAGUGUGCCUCGAAAAGAAGCUCGCGGCGCAGCAUACGGAUAUACCCAAGUAUGCCGCGAGCCUCCCCUUGCGCCUCGUCAACCUGCUCAAAGGCGCACAGAGCGACCGCGUCGCGGCCGACGUCGCGGUUGUGCAGUAUACCUGCGAGAUUCUCGCAGUGCUCGUCCCGACGCUCUCUGCCGAGCGCCAGGAGACCAUCCUGCGCGAGUGCCUCGCGGCGCUCUCGGCCUGUGCGCCGGUGCCCCGCGCGGAUGCGCCCGAGACGGACGCGAACCUGAUCGGCGUCGUUGCGGCGCUUAUCGUCGGCGCCAAGCGCCAGGCCGCGCUGCCGAGCGGCGACGCACUCUCGUGGAUCGAGGCGACGCACGCGUUCCUCGUCGACCGCCCCGACCGCGCCGGCGACACGUUCGAGAGCCAAUCGGCCUACUUUCUCCUGUGUGCGCUCGCGAACAAGUACGCGGACGUCGCGCAGCUCGAGGCGAAGCUCGACGCGCUCUGGGCGCCGCUCGUGUCGACGCGCGCGCUCCCUCGGCGCAUCCAAGGCGUCUAUGCGUGGGUGUGGCUCGCGCGCGGCCUCCUUGCGCGCGGCAGCGACGUCGGCGCCGCGAUGCUCGACCGUUUGCAGCGCGAGCUCUUUGGCGACGCGACGCUCGGCGCGGCGGCCGCCGGCGCACUCAGGGUGCUUGCGACGCACGACGAGCUGCUCUCAAAGGCCAACGGCUUCCAGCUGCGCCUGCUCUACAAGCAGCGCCUGCUCGACCGCCUCUUUCCCGAAUUUGUCGCGGGCUACCGAAAAGGGGGCGCGGAGCAGACGACCUAUCUCAUUGCGCUCGCGACGCUGCUGCCGGCGCUGCCCGAGGCGACGCUCGUCGACAAGGUCAUUGCGCUCUUGCCGCUGCUCGUGCACACGCUCAGCAUCCCGGAUGCGAAUGCGCGCGCGUCGGCCGCGAAUGCGCUCCACGCGGCGCUCGCCCAAGUGCCGGAGCGGCUCGAGCCCGACGACCCGCCGAGCGCGCUCGCCGCCGCCCUCGACGAGCACCUCGCGACGCUCAUUCCGCACCUCGUCGCAAACGUCACGCCGGGGCCGUACAGCCCGCCGCGCACGCGUACGGCGGCGUUCCAAGUGCUCUCGGCGCUCGUGCCGCGUAUUGUGCACGACACGCUCGUACCGUACCGCCGCACGGUCGUCCAGGCGCUCGGCGUCGCGGCGCAAGGUGUCGACGAUCCCCGCCGCACAGUGCGUGUACACGCAGUCGACUGCCGCGACGUGUGGUACCGUAUCAAUGUGCUAGAGUAG